UGGGUUGGGCGGAGUCGGCGCUCGAUAUUAAAACGGGGUGGAAGAUUAAUAUUGUGAGAUUAAAGUUCUUAAACUGCUCAACAAAAUAUAUUUAAACUGGACCGCCCCGGCGUGCAUAAAGGUGCAGCAAAACAAAGCGUCCGCAGAAGUGUCCUCCUGUCCCCGACCUGUGGUAAAGUCUUUUCAUCAUGGCACUGGCUGGGGUGAGAGUGCUUGAGCUGGCGGGACUGGCUCCUGCACCGUUCUGUGGUAUGAUCCUGGCAGACUUUGGGGCUAAGGUGAUCCGUGUGGACCGUACCAAGGUUGCCAUGGCAAUGGACACGCAGGCCCGGGGGAAACAAUCUGUCGCCAUCAACCUGAAGACAUCAGAGGGCGUAGCCUUGCUCAGGAAGCUCUGUGUCCAGUCUGAUGUGGUGCUGGAGCCCUACCGUAAAGGUGUGAUGGAAAAGCUGGGCCUCGGUCCACAGGAGCUGUUAAAGGAAAACCCUCGUCUGAUCUAUGCUCGCUUGACGGGGUACGGACAGAGUGGAUCUUACGCCACCGCAGCUGGACAUGACAUCAACUACCUCGCCAUGUCAGGCCUUUUAUCCUGGCUGGGUCGUAGCGGAGAGAAGCCUUAUGCUCCGUUGAAUCUGUUAGCAGACUUCGCAGGUGGAGGUCUCACCUGUGCCAUGGGCAUAGUCCUAGCACUGUUGGAAAGGACGAAAUCAGGGAAAGGACAGAUCAUUGAUGCUAGCAUGGUGGAAGGAGCUGCAUAUGUGGGUUCAUUUAUAUGGAAAUCUCGUAGCAUUGGUAUGUGGGACCGUUCUAGAGGAGAGAACAUGCUGGACAGUGGAGCGCCCUUCUACGAUACAUACCAGACUUCAGAUGGAAAGUACAUGGCUGUUGGUGCCAUAGAGCCACAGUUCUACAAACAGCUACUGAAAGGCUUAGAAUUGGAUGCUGCAGCGUUGCCUAACCAGAUGAACUACAUCGAUUGGCCUGAGCUCAGACGGAUCUUCACAGAGCGUUUUGCCACGAAGACCCAGGCGGAUUGGUCAAAAAUCUUUGAUGGGACUGACGCCUGUGUCACACCUGUGUUGUCUUUCGACCAGGUGAGCUCACACCCACAUAACCAGGAAAGAGGUUCUUUCAUCCAGGACUCCAGCAGAGAAGAAAGUCCCCGGCCAGCUCCGGUUCUCUCUCGGACUCCUGCGCAGCCUUGCCUAGCCUCUGACCCUGUUAUUGGAGAACACACAGUUGAGGUCUUAGAGGAGUUUGGUUUUUCAUCAGCACAGAUAGACCAGAUGCUAACAGCAGGGAUUGUAGAGUGUAAUGCAGUAAAGGCAAAGUUAUAAGGUCUAAACCUUAUUUGGGAAUUCAAACGUCACACUAUCUUUUAGUGUUAGACUACAGGGAAGAGAUGGACCUUAAUAAGAACAAUUAUGAGUUGUACCAUAGACAUAAUUGAUAUGGAUAAGAUGGAUCCAAAAUCAAAAUUUUUAGUGAUGUAUAGUAAAACCUGCCAUUUAUGUACUGUACUGUGUAAGACAGAGCGUGGAACCCAUUUUCAUGAAUUCUCUGAGGCCUGAGGUCCCUGAUGUUCACAUGUAAGCAGAGUUGUCAUUAUCCCACACACUUUCUUCUAGUGUAAAAUGAAAGGCAUAACUGUGCACACUCUCAGGGUACAUGGAUGAUGUUUGAGUUCGUCAGUGGGUUACAGUUAGCUUGAAUAGCUGCCUCCUCCACUUCAUUGCAACUGUUGCCCUCUGAAUUUUUGAGUUUGAAAGAUAGAUAGUCUUUUCUGAGAUUUACACAUGGACAUGCAGAGUCAAUCUGGUUUCCACAUGCGAAAAAUAUAUAUGUGUGCACAGCUUGAUAGAUCUGCAACACAGAAACGUUCAUAGAGCAUUUAUUGUAUUGUGUCAAAUUUGAGGCCCCUGAUGUCUAAUGUCCACUGGAUCCUGCAGUGUUGCCUUACAGUUAAGUUAAUGGCACAGUCACAGCACCAUCGCAGUUUCAACGUCCGCAAGAAACAUUUCAGAAGUGUAUGCUCUUCAGCAGCCAGGUUUUGCUGACAGUUAUACAAGCAUAUUAAAUACAUAUUGAUGUAAUAACAGAUGCUUUGUGGCUGCUUUUAUUGCCUCUAACUUGAUCUAUGAUCAAUAAUAAUUUCAUUCAUUUUAGCUUUAGUGUGGUCUAUCUCAUGGCACAGCUGUUAUCAUUACCUACUGUUUUUGUUUAUUAUCUGGUGAUGUCAUUAUAAUAAAUAAUUAUUUAAUCAACAGCUUAAGGGUUGGGAAUGAUUGCGCAGGUGGUAUUAAUGAGAUACAGUGACAUUUCCUUAAUUGUUUCAUUGUCUGACAGCAGAAACAGAAAAAUAUAUAAA